CAAGAACAAGAGGCGAUCGAAUCACUCGCGGCCCUCGUGCAGCGCCUUUAAGCAAUCGAACCAUAUGGUGAUGUGGAGGAAGAAGAGCAGCGGCGGCGAGUCUCCCAGCCGCGGGGCUGGAGUGCACGAGGACGAGAAGGUCCCGAGAGGGCACGUCCCGAUGGUCGCCGGUUGUGAAGGCGAAGGCGAGCGCGUUCUGGUGCCGGUGAGGCUGCUGAGCGACCCCAGCAUCGCGGAGCUGCUGGACAUGGCGGCUCAGUGGUACGGGUACGGCCAGCCGGGAGUGCUGCGGGUCCCCUGCGACGCGGAGCACUUCCGCCGGGUCGUCGACGGCGCCAUGCAGAGAUGCGGGAUCAGCUCGGCGUGAGAAGCUGGCCAAGCUGUGAGGAGACCACGGAGGACACGUCCCCCUGCCGGCGAGCUAGCUAGAUAUACAUGACCUUUAUUUGUACAGAUAGAUGCAUGAUUAGUUUGUUCUUUGGUAGAUCAAUUAAAUUCUUUGAUGAAUAUGAUUAUAUGAUGACAGCCAUAAAAAGUUUUGCUAGUAUUUGAAGGCUCACGCUGGGCACGAACGACAGACAGAUCCAACCAUUUAGCCAUGUUCUCUA